AUGGACUAUCAGCGAUCUGUCUUAUUUAUUUAUAACUUGUUUUGCAGGGAAUGUCCGCCCUAUGUAAGAGAGUACGUGGGUCACCGGGUGUGGACGGAGAUCAGGAACCCUGGCAUCAAUGGUGACGACCACGACGACGUUGAUGCCGGCACCAACAACACCAACCAGACAUAUGACACAAUGAAGCUAAUCCAGGAAGUAACAAGCAAGGCCAACUGUGUAAUCAAAGAGAUGCACUCAAAUCUCACUGUCGCAGAAGUAGAAAAGCUACCACGUUACAACCCCAUAAGUUAUUUCGCGAUCAAGAAUGGCCGACGUAAAAUGGAAGAUCGACAUGUUGUCAUCCACGACCUCAACACACUGUAUGGAAUGAAUUAUGAUCAACCGCAUGCAUACUAUGGAGUAUUUGAUGGUCAUGCUGGCAUAGAUGCAGCUGUAUACAGUGCUGACCUCAUCUACAUCAGUACAUGAUUCAGAAACCCACAAUAUGAGAUGAAC